AUGUCUGGGGUCUAUGACAAAAACCUACGGAAGAUGGCGUUCGACAUCUGUAAGAGCAUGGGUGUCUCCCAGUGUGUUCAAGAGGGUGUCUACUGCAUGGUGGGAGGACCCAACUUUGAGAGCAUAGCUGAGGCCCGCCUUUUGCACCGACUGGGAGUGGAUGCAGUUGGUAAGCUGAUGACUCGUUUCUUGUAUCUGAUGGCGUUCGACAUCUGUAAGAGCAUGGGUGUCUCCCAGUGUGUUCAAGAGGGUGUCUACUGCAUGGUGGGAGGACCCAACUUUGAGAGCAUAGCUGAGGCCCGCCUUUUGCACCGACUGGGAGUGGAUGCAGUUGGAAUGAGUACUGCACCAGAAGUGUUGGUUGCCAGUCAUUGUGGCAUGAGAGUCUUUGGUCUCUCCCUCAUCACUAACAAAGUAGUGAAAAGCUAUGAGGACAAUGCGUCUGUCAGUCAUGAAGCUGUGCUGGAAGUGAGCAAAAUGCGUUCAGAGACGCUGCAGGUGCUCGUCACAGAGCUCAUCAGCCGGAUGGACAUCAACAACAACACGGCAUGAUGUCAUUAACACCGGAACUGCCAAUCAAAACCUCAUUCAGGAAAAUCUGCAGCUAUACUAUGAUCAUGUUUUUCAUUUCUGUAUACCUUUGAAUGUAAUUACAGAACAUCUGUUUCAAUAGCACAUUUAUUUGAGAUAUUUAAAUGUUAAGAUUUGACUAUUUGCAGUGAUCACAAAAAUGAUCUUGUUUGAUGGUGCCAUAACAACAAACUUAAAACACUAGGUUAUUCCAUAUGUUAUUUAUUAAAUGUUUAUCUUUUUUUGUGCUGCAAAGGUUGUAUAUGCAUCUGUAUAUUGAUGAUUGCAUAAUAUUAAGUGCACCUUUAUGUGGGGAAUUAUGCAGUAAAAAAAUGUAUGCACUGCUAUUCAUUAUGCAAAGUAAUAUAGUUUCUAAUGUCAGUAUUUUGAUGAUAAAGUUGGAUAUUUAAAUCAUUGCCAUGCUAUUUAUAAUAAAUUUUAUAUUUACUGUGUGCAUUGUAAAUGUGCCACUGAAUAUGGGCCUUCUUGUAUAACCUUCUCUUCUAUAAACAAUCAUCUUAUCUAUAAUCCAGAAAUGUCAGCAAU